CUGCUCUUUCCCACCAUAUGAUUUGGGGGGAUGCCAAUAAUCCAACUUUCAUAGUUUCCAACUUGUCCACUCCAGUGCCCCAAGUAUUUCAUCAACAUCUGCUGUCAAACUGGAAGACGACAAUCAAAUGCUAAGCACAUCACGCACGCCCUGCUAAAUCAUCGUUCGAAGGAAGUAUACCUAGUGGGUGCCUUGAAAUAAUCACGCUGCAAAAGUAGCCUUCGGUAGGUGAGUCUGUUUGCCCAAGCCAGCCCAGUACGAAGAUGUUAUAUAGUCAACCGGGAGUCUGACUUCAAAUUCUUCAAUCUGCCAAUGCAAAGGGAGAACGUUUCAAUCUGUUUGCUUUACAGUCUUGUUCUGCUCCAAUUUCACCAUCGGAAUCUUGCUGAGCACUCAGGCCAGACCACUCAGGAAUAAGUCGCUGUCAACGGGUAGUUGCAGAGGCUCGGGAUUCGGGAGCGGGUGUAAAUGCUGUCCUAAGGAGCGGCUAACGCGGUGUACUCACUCGUUUGCUUUUUGGAAUUCGAGCUGAUAAUUUCAAUGAUUCACUGGCUCCGUUUCUCCAGAUGAAAUACCUGUCUAAGAGACACGGCGUUUCUGCUCCUCAGCGUCUUUUCGGUUGGGCAGAGUUUUUGCCAUGGCUUGUGUUACCGAGUGCUGCAGAAGCUGUGCAUAUCUCUCUGCAAGUGAAUGGAUAUCUGAUCAGUAUCAAACAUUCCCUGGACUGUUGGUUUGAAAACAGGAGAAGCCACCUUGCAUCCGAUCGGGCCUGUUGGUGUGCGUUUGCUUCAAGACAGAGCUGGGACGGCUCUAAGUGGUCUUCAGCAGCUCCCUGCGCGCCGGUUGAGUCCCGGGUCUUGCUUGGAUAUCAUUCACUGUCUUUGGUGCCUGGAAUAUGACUGUAAGUUGUGCUGAUAGAUGUGGCGGGCUUCUUGGGAGAUAGAAGGGCCACGGUGGUGGCAGCCACGCUAAACCUUCGGCUAAUUGCCUGCAAACGGAAAGGGCCAAAAUGUGACGAUGUUAUUUCAACCUCCUUCAAUUUCUCCCCACGUAAACAACUUCCUUUCUUUCCUCACCUUCGACUUACAGCAGCGCCUUUCCUUCUUCCAUUCUUCCCCACACACUCUUUUCAGCCCACAGACGCGUCUCUCGAUCAUCAUCGAGAGCACCGCAGCCCUACAUACCUACACAGUCUUUACUGUAAACAAAACAUCGUUGAUUCCCGAAUCACGCCUCGUAGCCUCAAGAUGCGCUCCAAAAUCUUGAGUCUCCUCGCAAGCGCCGUUGGCCUGGCUGCCGUCGUCCUUGCCGCCCCUGCUAUCUCCUCGGACACCGAUGUCUGCGAGCCUGUCUCUACCGUCUUCGUCACCGUUCCGCAACCUAUCACCAUCACCGUCCACGACGCUUCAACCAACACGGUCGGUCUUGCGACCUCCGCUGACGCGCUCCCUACGAUCACCGUUACGCGUCAUGCUACCCUCCAUUCGACCUUGACCCUGCCCUACACCAAUACCAUUCUCCUGUCCCACCCGGAGACCAGCAAGGGUGUCCAAGCUGUUGUGUCGACCCCAGUUUCGUAUGAGACUACCGUUUUCGAGACCGCCCACAUCACUGUCACUGUUCACCAAUCUGGUCCUUCCAGCUCCAGCGUCCUCGCAUUCAUCGUUGAGAAUGGCACCACCUUCUGGCUUGGAGGACACACACCGGUUUCAACCAAAGUCUACGUCACUGCCACCAGCGUGGUCACCAUCGAGCCUCUCCACACUCCAGCUGGAACAACCCACCUGACCUCGACCGUGACUCUCCAGAGCACUCGCUAUACCACUCGGUCGGCGACUCAGACUCUCACCCGAACCUUGUCUGCUUUCAAUGGUACCACAACCCAGACCUCCAGCGCUCACAUUGCUUCAUCUUUCGGUACUUCCCCUGCUCCUGUCCGAACAAGCUCUUCAUGGGCUGGAUGGAACGCGACCUCAAGUGCUGGUGGUGUUGUUUCCCCAGGGGCCACUGAUCCCGCCAAGAGUUCUAAAUCGGUCAUCACCAGAAGCUUCAUCACCAAAGAGACCGUCGACAUCUACAAGACUAGUGAUUACUCCUACACGGUCUCGACCUACACUGCCAAGGAUGGCUUCGAUGUCUUCACCACGCCUUUCACUUGGUCUGCCAAUCCAACUUCAACAUCAAUGUCUGGAGGUGCUUGGACUACAGCUGUUAUCAGCGGUCAAACAGUUUCUUGGAAUGCUCAUGGAGUUACCCAGACCUGUACCGAGUCAUUAACUCGCGCACCAUACUCAAACACCACCUCAAGCAGCCACCAUCUCACCUCUGCAGAGCCAAGCUCAACUUCCUCCAUUCAAGGUGUUUGGACUACUGCUGUGAUCGAUGGCCAAACUCUCUCCUGGAAUGGCAAUGGGAUCACCGAAACUUGCAAGGGGACUUCUACUCAUGCUCCGUACACUAAUGCAACUUCAACUGUUCACCAUAUUUCUACCAGUACGGCUGCCGGCGAGGUCACUUCCUCUAGCAAGCCAACAAAUAUUAUUUCCGCUACCACACAGAUAUCAUCCAGCUCUAGUUCAAAGUGGUACAUCUACACCCCGGCUUCCUCUGUUGGGCCCUUUUCAAGUACUGGCUCCGCGCUUGGAGGUCUGACCUCGGAAUCAUCAACCUCCACCUUGUCCUCUGCUCACUUCGUCUCGGUUUCCACCGCCACUGUUGUUCCGAUCGCGGCCUCCUCUGAAACCCCUCUCUCGUCAUCUCAAGCAGCUGAUCCUAGUGUCACGUCUGACAAUACCACACUGCUCAUUAGCUCAACUGUCACGCCCAGCUCUCACUUGGGCGUCUUUCCUACCAGUAGCUCAACCACCUUUCUGACCUUGACAUCUUCCGCUGCUAUUGAGCCAUCCACCUCUUUGCAGGUAUCGGGCACUACUUCAAGCACUGCAUCUACAACUUCUACCGCCCUGUCUGCGGCCUCUUCUUACCCCAGCACUUGUGGAGAAGUUGGUGACUUUGUUUUGAACUUCGAUGACAUUCCGCCAUUGAGCAUCAGCAAUAACAGCACGUUCGGCCAACCACAACCAAUCUUCAGUCCAUACCAUCAUUUCGACUUCUCUCAAGGUUUCAGAGUUGGCCCUCCACCAGUUGACCCAUACCUCCCUGAGUCCAAACCUCUCCUCGCUGAGUUCAUUCCUACGGCCGACACUGUCACGCAAACACGAACCGAUGCUUAUGCAAGUACCUCGGGCUACAUGGGGAAUGCUGAUCACGGUCUCACAACCUGCUUUAGCUUUAAUUUCUAUGGUGCCUCCUUUGGCUGUGAUUCCUCUGGCCCCGACUGCGACUUCACAUUCACUGGUUAUCGAUAUGAUCCCGCCAGCAAGUCGACUGAGCCUGUUGUCUCCCAACAACUUGCCAUAUCUGCUUGUCCUGAUCUGAAGAGCCUGGAAUGUAUUCUUACACCCGUCAAUCUCAACCCUGCCUUCGAGAACCUCGAUUCAGUUCGCAUCGAUCUUACAGUUCAAGGUGUACCAAAUAUAUGGUGGAUGGAUGAUGUUCGCUUGGGAUGGUUCAACAAUACUUGUGAGAAGGGUAUGUGUCGCGCAAAGGCUCCGGCCCAUGGAUUCGCCAAACCUCUUCCUGUUAAGAAGAUCUAACAUCUUCUGCCAUGCCACACAUCUGUUUCUCAACUGAGUAAUCUGGAGAGACGAUAUUUUGUUAGAGUUCCGCGCAUUUGUACGAGUUCUUUCAUUUGUUUUCAAAAGUCGCGACGCAUAUUAACGAAUGAGGUGGCGGGCUGGACCUUCUCAGACGUACUUGGGAUUGAAGUGGAGUUGGCUAUACGCCGAAACAGUUUGCACAAAACACUCAUGAAUCAUGAAAUGAAUGUAUGAGUAGACGAAUGAUAUGAUCAUGAAAAAGC